AUGUCGAUUGAUACCCGACCCCGCAGAGAUGACGACAAUCUCGCCGUCGCGAAAGCUUCGAGACAAGGCCAUGGAGGGUUUACUUCGAUGAUACCGUCGAUUCUAUGCGAUGCGGCAGAGAUCAACCCAGUUCCGGGGUCAGGGGCCCGGGACGCGGGUGGGCAAGGUACCACCGACGGCAAAGACAUCGAGACCAAGGACACCGAGACCAGAGACGACGACGGCAAAGUCGCGGCGUUCCUGGCGAGGAACCGACUCCACCCCUCCGCCAUCGCGGCAGCGCACGAGUUCGCGCAGGCAAUGUUCCCCGGGUACGAGGUCGAGAGGGCGCCGUUUCAGGGGUACUGCUCUUAUACGCUGCUCCUGAGGCCGCUUCCCGGUGGAGCGGCGGGACGGCGGCGGGAUAGCGGUAUUGAGGCCGGCGGAGGGGAGAGCGUCGAGAGUCAGAGCCAGAGCGAGAGCGGUACGAGUUGGAAGAGCGGCGGCAGUAGUGGCGGUGGCGGAAGACUCGUUCAGUUUCGACCUCGGAGGCACGGUAUUGAUGUCGAGAUGUGUGUCGAGGCUAGGGGCGUACUUGGGGAUGGGGUCGUGCCGGGUGUGGAGGGGCUUGGUGUGUUAGAGGGGCUGGAUACGACGGCAACUCGUGGCGGAAAGGGGAAGAAGGACGGGGAGUUGUGUGCGUAUCUCCUGGAGAGGGUCGGCGGUGUAUCCUUGACGGGCUUCCGGAGGAUAUCUGCGGGUCUGGAGACGGACCCGAGAGCGUCGAGAAGGAGGCUUGUUGCGGAUCUGGCUGUUGUCUUUGCGGAUUCGUGGAGGGGGAGGCGGGAGGAUUUCGGGGACGGACGCGGACACGGGGGUGCGGGCGGCAGAGGGCGCGUGGGAGGGAGUUUGGCGUGGCGGUUGGAGAUUAUGGGAAAGGGGUUGCCUUGUGAGUUUCGGGACGUUGUGAGGGAUGUCAGGAGGGAUCUUGGGGGUAUCGAGAGGUUGCCUUGGGUUGUUACGCACGGGGACCUCGUGCCGGAUAAUAUCAUGGUUCAUCCGCCGCGCGAGGAGGCAGAGGACGAGGGCGGCGAGGCGUGGGUGAGGCGGAAACUGGGGUGGGGGAGGGAGGAGAGGGCUGGCGGGCUGGUUGGGUUGAUUGACUGGGCCGAGCUGGAGUGGCUGCCGUUCGGGGUGGGCAUGUACGGGCUCGAGGAGGUGUUGGGGGAGGAUGUUGUCGUUGGUGGGAGUAGCGAUGUUGACUUUGUUGCUGGUGGGAGUGCUGCUACUACGACGGCAACGAUUACGACUACGACGAUGACGACGACAUCAACGAGAUUCGAGUACUAUCCCGAAGCAGCCUCCCUCCGCGCACUCUUCUGGGACGAGGUCGGACGCGUGGUGGGUGACGAGGAGGUCAUUCGCCGGGCGAAGAGGGCUCAGGUCCUGGGGGUACUGCUUUGGAGGGGCAUUGCCUUUGAUGAUGGCGCGCUGGGGAGGGUCGUGGACGGGGCGAGGGACGCGUGGGACUUGCAACGCUUGCGGGCUUGGGCUUUCGAGGAUGGGGGUCUCGGGUUGACUCGUGGCAAGGUCGAGGUUGAGGUGCUUACAACAACCGCUCAUCAUAUACCGGCCACGGCCAUGGCCUCCCUUACACCGACGACGAUGAUGGAUGCUCUCUCAACCUGGCCGCCGGCCCAUUGGUGCCAGAUAUUCUUCGGGCUCUCAACAGCAGUAGUGUUGGCUAUCCAGGUAGUGCCAAAGACGACCCAGCGUCUUCUUCUCGACUACGGCGCCCGCUCGCCGGCUACUACCACCGACACCGACGACCGGACCAAGGAGCCCACUGGUCCCAAUAGAUUGGACUUCUUCACGCAAGCCGCCAAAGCUGUGACUUCCUUUGGUCAAAUCCCACACGCGUGGUUCAUGCACUUCUACGUCGCGUCCGUUGCAGGUUCGGCUUUCUGGGCAUGGCAGUAUUUUCAAAGCGGUUCAGUCAUGGCCAUCAUCUCUGGCCAGCAGGCGGCUUCGGGCGGCCCGGUUGUGAGCUUCGAGCAGACAGUGCUCGUCUGGACAUUGAUGGCGCUGCAAGGCACGAGGAGAUUGUACGAGUGUCUCUUUGUGAUGAGACCGGGGUCUUCUAGGAUGUGGUUCGUUCAUUGGCUGCUUGGUUUGGGUUUCUAUCUCUGCAUGAGUGUAUCCGUCUGGGUUGACGGCUCAGCCGCCUUGAGGCAAGAAUCAAGGCCAAACUUGGAAGGCCUUCUGUCACCUGGGGUCGCCGCUGGGACCGUCGCGUACCUCUACGGAUGGUCUAAUCAGCAUAAAUGCCACAAACACUUGGCCAGCCUCAAGAAGUAUUCAUUGCCGGAGGAGGGCCUUUUUCGGUAUCUCAUCUGCCCUCAUUACACUUGCGAAUGCCUGAUCUAUUUGGGCCUUGCCAUGAUAGCCGCGCCAAAGGGCUACAUGGUGAACCGCACCCUCACGGGUGCUUUGUGGUUCAUUGUCGCCAAUUUAGGCACAACGGCAGAUGGGACCAAGCAGUGGUACGCGCAGAAGUUUGGUGCUGAGAAGGUCGCCAGUAAAUGGAGGAUGAUACCCUUUGUCUUUUAG